UGUUAUUUAUUUUAGUUAAAUAUAACCAUUGGAUGUGCGUUAAUGUAAUUGGUCACAUAUGUGGCAUUUUCAAAAUGCUCCUAAUAUGCUUUAUUUAAAGUUUAUUUCCCCAGGCAAUAAUUUUUAUUUUGGUGGAUUGACGUUAUUGCACCACAUGUUUUGAAAAAGGCCUUGCUAGUUUCUGACUGGAAAAUGGCUCUGUAGUUGUCCAAGAGGUCAUUCAACACUCAAAGGUUGUUGUUGAGUUCAGUUGAUAAGUGGAUUAGAUCAGUCUAACAACAGUAGAUAUCCAUGGUUUUGGAAUUUUCUAAUUGUUAUUUGUCAAAGGUAGACAUCUAAGCUGUUUAUCGGUUUCUUGUACCGUAUAAUGUCUAGACACAGUCAUCUGGGAGAGAUUUGCUUAGUUAGACUGUGUUAUGUAAUGAACUGGAUUCUUUUGGGCAAAACUCCAUUCUUACAUCUAACUCCCUUCCAAAGUCUCCUCCAGAGGAAGUGAGCAAGAAAGAGAGAAGUGUCCUGUUUAGAGGACAAGAAGUCCAAAUUCCUUCCAUGUGUGGAGACGGGACUCAGCUGGUAAUGAGACAUCAUCAUUUUCCUGUCAUUCAGCCAUUAUUGACUUCUACAGAACAGCAUGUUCCCAGGGGACAAAAGCAUAAAUACUUCACAGAAGGCUGAGUCUUGGACAAGAAAAUGAAGAUCUAUUUAAAUGUUUAUGGAAGAGCUGUGUCAGUAAAACUGCCAUGUUAGCACAAAGAAUAGAAGUGGGAGGAAUGAAAGAAAAAAAAAAUCCUGUGUUAGGGUAUAAAACUCUCAGGAACAAGCAGCUGAAAGAAAGAAAACAGAAAAAGAGAGAGAAAGAAAAAAGGAAUCUUUCAGACAAGGUGAAAGGAGGAGGAAAAGUGUCCGACAGCUGCAGAGAGGGAGGAGGCUAAAACAAAACAGAGCUGUAUAGAGGUGAACGAUAGAGCGACAGGGUUGAAAGCGAUGUGAAAGGAGGAGAGAAGGUUGCUGUUGAGUGAACAUCAGGAGUUGUGUAUAUAUGCAGUAAAACAGAGAGCUGACUGAACAGAAGAAAGGGAUUUAUGAAGUGAAGUGAUUUGAAGUGGAGAUGAGUCUAACAGUGAUUCUGGCGGCUGUAGUGGGCUUCAGCGCUCUGUCUUCCUGUUACUCUGGCGAGAACACCACGAGACCGGCCAUCACAACAGCUCAUCUGUCUCAGGUGAGAGUGUUCAAUGAGGAGAUGGUUAUAGGGCGAGGGGACACUCCUGACAUCAUAGAACCUGAACCCACCACUGCAGUCUCUGAAAUGGAGAGCACUUACAACUACAUCCUGUCUAGACUGGCAGCGAUGGAUCAAGCUAUCCACAGGCUUAAUGUGGGACAUUACACAUUGGACAUUAAAGUUACACAACUGUUGGAAAGAAUGUCACGACUUGAGAAUAGAUUAGGCGACACUGAGGAUGCCAUUCAACAAGUCUCGUCCUACUGCAAGGACAACCGCAAAGAGAUUGGACGACUAGAGGGCUGCCAGAAAGGCCGUAAAAUGGGUUACAAAUGCUUCCUGACAUACCGCGUGUAUGAGACCUACGCUGAUGCAUCCAAGAAGUGUCAGGAGCGGGGAGGACGCAUGGCUAUGCCACGAGAUCGCAAAGAGCAGGAAGCUUUGGCUGAAUAUGUGAAAUCAGUAUUCCACGGAAACUGGCCUGUGUGGCUUGGGAUCAAUGACGAGCGCUCUGAAGGCCUCUACCUAUUUGAGGACACAACUCGUGUCACUUACUUCCAGUGGAGGAAGCACUUCCUGUCAAGCCAGCCAGAUGGUGGGAAACGAGAGAACUGUGUAGCCAUGUCUUCAGAUGACGGAGACUGGUGGGACACCUACUGUGAAAGACGCAUGUAUUAUCUGUGCGAGUUUGAUGUUUGACCUUGAUACUUUCCAAAAUGGCUUCUAAUUCUAAUGGCUUCAUUUUUUUUUUUUUUUUAAAUAUCAAGAGCAGCUAUUAACUGUUUUAAAAACAGUUGUUGCACAGGUAAAAUUAGGGCCAGUGAAUUGAAUGAUCCCAUGGAAUGGUUUGAUAAAUGCUAUUUUCUUUCCUGUUAACAUUUUUCCUAUUGAAACAGGAAGUUGGAGCAGGACUCUAUAAAGUAUUAGUUCACUUCCAGAAUAUAAAUUUCCUGAUAAUUUACUCACCCCCAUGUCAUCCAAGUUGUUCAUGUCUUUCUUUCUUCAGUUGAAAAGAAAUGUAGGUUUUUGAGGAAAACAUUCCAGGAUUUUCCUCCAUAUAGUGGACUUUAACGGGGACCAAUGGGCUGAAGGUCCCAAUUGCAGUUUUAAUGCUGGGUUUUAAGAUCCCAUAAGAGUCUUAUCUAGCGAAACAAACAAACAAUAAAAAAAAUAAAAAAGUAUAUACUUUUUAACCACAAAUGCUCAUCUUGCAUUAGCUCUGCAAUGUGCGUCCAUAAAGAAUUACGUCGUUUCGUUGAAAUGUUUACGUGUGACGUAGGCAGAAGUAGUACCGAACUCCAUCUAAAUUUUCUCCUUCAACUCCGAAAUCGACAAACAUCAUUGUUUUACCUUUUUUUUUGUAAAGGGCGUUUGAUUUAGUUUUUGCGAGUUCACUUUAUAAACACUGAAUCGGUACUUCCGCCUGCUUCAAAGCGUGACCUUUCCAACGUGACUACGUAAUACGUGAAGUUGACCUGAACAUCUUGUAUGACAUGGGGGUGAGUAAAUUAGCAGGAAAUUUUUAUUCUGGAAGUGAACUAAUCCUUUAACUUCCUGUCCCCCUUAAAUCCCAAAGCAAUUCCAUUUUAUAUGCGCAUUAUUAUAUGCCCUAUAAAUAAUUUUAUACUGCAUUCAUGAAAAUGUUAACGCCUUUUGAAUUACAUAUUACAUACAUGUAUCAUGUUAUAUUACUGAAGCUGAAAAGCUAAAAAAUGGUCAAAUUAAAAAUUUCUCUUUCUUAGUAUUUUCAGUUAGCAAGCAAAUUAGUUAGCCUACUAGCUCAAGAUCACACAUUUGAACAGGCUUUGAGGAAGGGGGAUAGGAUUCUCCUCUGGAUCGUAUAUUGUAGGGCGUAGAGAACAGAAAUACUGUAUAUUUUAUAUAUCUGCUAAAAGUUAACAAACUUUACAAAAAUACAACAUCUUAUACUGUAGAUGGCUUUAAAGAUAAUAAAUGCCACAAAACUCCAAUAUUCAUGGGAUCUAAAAACAAAGCGCUGGAAAUAUUUGUAAUAACAAAGGUUUGAAGAUCAUGGACAAAUGAAAACACAGAAAUACAAUAAAUUAUUUCAUCUUUCUGAUGUUUAAUGUUUGUAUUAUUCCAAGGGUGGUCUGCAUUUGCCCUGGUUCUGACAUUACAUUAGUGCUGUUUUAGACGUGUGUUCAAAAACCGUAACAGAAAUUUGUUUUCUUUUUGUUCUUUGUUGUUCUAAAAUUCUUUAGAAUGAUGGCUUGUUGUUUCAACCCUGUAUUUGUUUUCAAAGUUGUAUUUGCUUGACUUGGCAACUACUGAAGCAGGUUUAAAGUGAAAUAAAACUCUUGAGCUAUU